CCUCCCCCGGCAGCUGCGAGGAGGGGAUCCGGGCGGCGGCCGCCGUCGUCUGCUGCCUGCGAGGAGGACGCCCAGCCGCGGGAUCGGGGCCCGGGGAAGGGCGCUCCCGGCCUCUGUUCCUGAUGAAAGACACUUUCCAAGGAUGGACUACAUAAGCGAGAACUUCCCGGUCCCUUGUGGGCACGACAAGUACAUUUCGAAAAAUGAACUGUUGUUGCACUUGAAGACCUACAACCUCUACUACGAAGGCCAGAACUUGCAGCUCCGGCAUCGAGAGGAAGAAGGGGAGUUCAUCGUGGAGGGCUUGCUGAACAUCUCCUGGGGGCUGCGCAGGCCCAUCCGCUUGCAGAUGCAGGACGACAACCAGCGCAUCCGGCCCCCUCCUUCUUCGUCCUCCUGGCAUUCCGGCUGCAACCUGGGAGCACACGGGUCAGUCAUAAAGCCGUCAACCUUACCAGACAUUCAGGUCACGGAGGCCGAGCCCUCGUCAGAUGGGGACGGAAUUGACGGGGGAAUUGAUGACAACGAUCUCAAAGCCCAGCAAGAAGAAGCGCCACAGCUGAUGCGGACACGGAGCGAUGUGGGCAUGCGCCGCAGGGGGACUCUCCGCACCCCGAGUGAGCAGCGGAGGAUCAGGCGGCACCGCUUCUCCAUCAACGGGCAUUUCUACAACCACAAAACAUCGGUUUUCACGCCUGCCUACGGCUCCAUCACGAAUGUCCGCAUCAACAGCACCAUGACGACGCCUCAAGUUCUCAAGCUUCUGCUUAACAAGUUCAAGAUUGAGAACUCAGCAGAGGAGUUCGCCUUGUACAUUGUUCACACCAGUGGAGAAAAGCAGAAGUUAAAGGUGACAGAUUACCCACUGAUCGCUCGGAUUCUGCAGGGACCCUGCGAACAAGUUUCCAAGGUGUUCUUGAUGGAAAAGGACCAGGUGGAGGAAGUCACUUACGAUGUUGCUCAAUACAUCAAGUUUGAAAUGCCUGUCCUGAAAAGCUUCAUUCAGAAACUCAAAGAGGAAGAAGAUCGUGAAGUCAAGAAACUAAAACAGAAGUAUUCUGUCCUGCGUGUAAUGAUUGAGCGACGAUUAGAAGAGAUCUCCGAAGGGCCGGCCACCAUGUGAAGCCUUUGCCCUCGGGCGGACUUUGCUGCCACUGCCGGGGGGCCCAGAAGAGCCACGCC